AUUGAAUUGUCAAUAAAAAUAAUUCAUAAAUUUUUAAACCCUCGUAGAGAUUAGAUUAAUUACGCGUUCGUGUACUAAUUGCGAUGUAGAUAUGAAAAUGUUCGUGAAAUCUUCGUGCUCUAUUCGUUCAGUGUUUCGAGUUGCAAAUACGCGGUAAAAUUGAAAAAAUUUUUAUUGCUUACCCAGCUUAUCUGAAAAAUUCGAAGAAUGCUGGAAUAUAUUUGAUAAAUCAUGCUCGAAAUCAUUUCCAAAGGUACUAAUACAGAUUGAAGUCGAUUCAAAAUGGAAACAGAUGUCAGUCAGGAUUUCCAGGACUACUGGAACGAGUACAGAGUGGUUACGAGCGAUGAAAAAUCGUCGGACGAUGAUAAUCACAAUUCUCCUUUGAAAUCAGAUGACGAAGGAUUGGACGAAGCUGAAUGGCUGGUGUUGGCUGGUCUGCCUCAUCUAUCCGAAUCGUAUUUCCGUGGACAGGAGAUCGAAGAAACGGAAUUGGAGCCUGUGAUGAAUGUUUUAUCUCUGAAUCAAGCGAAUGCUGUUCGAAGACGAGUCCAUAGCUUGAAUCAGACCAUCAAACAUCGACCGAAAACUAAGCAGAAGAAGCCCGAUAUUCGAGACGUUUUUAAAAAUAUCGAAGAUUAUAAGACUGUGCAGACUAAAGUCAAUGGUCAAAGGGAUGGACAUGGACAUGGACUUGGACAGCCCGUUAAACCAGCCAAGAUCGAGAAUGAAACGCAAUUUCAGCCUUAUUCGUCGCUCCCGGAUUAUAUUAAUUUGAGUUGCAUUGGCAGCUCCACAACUGACUCGAAAUCUAAAGAAGAAACGUUUACUCCUAGAAGGGAAAUAUUUCGACGAGUUAUCAAAACGGACAGAGAUGUCGUCGCCUCAGGAAAUGCGGAAGGUAUCACGAUGUUGGGAUUCCAAAGGUUCGGCACAGUACGAGAUAUCAACCCAUUCAGAAGUAGUUACCAAGCGUCAACGAAUGAUAGUCAAAAGCUUAAUAAUGGAAAUACGACUGCACCGGUUCAAUCAUCGACGACGACGACGACGACUGCGCCUUCAACAAUUACACCGGAAUCGAAUACCGAAGAGGUGUCCAAGGAUAAUAACAACCAUUGUACCAGCUUAGGUUUCGAGAACAUGUGGCAGCAGCCAGUCAUCGAAUGGAAAAACGACGACGAACACGAUAGCGAACAAAUUAAAGAAGAAAGGUUGGUCGGAUGCACUUGGGUGGACACGCUGGCCGACGAUGAUCUAGUCAAAUUGAGACCAUUGUUGUUUGUAGAAUUAUCAACCAUUUUCGACAAAGCUGCUAACCCGUUUCCUAAAAUUAAACCUUAUAAAAGAAAACGAAAACAAGAAGGCAAUAUUUUUGGAUGUUCUUUAUCUACUCUGGUUGAAAAAGACUCUAAUUUAUCCAAAGAACAAAUACAUCAUGUUCCUUUGAUAUUUCGUAAACUCUUGAACGAAUUAGAAAAACGUGGUUUACGUGAAAAGGGCGUCCUCAGGGUAGCUGGAAACAAAGCGAAAAUCGACGCCCUGUGUCAAGCUAUCGAAAAAGAUUUCUACAACGAGCCCCAGCAAAUCGAUCAAAUGUUGCAGAGAAGUGCCAUACACGAGUUAACGGCGGUAUUUAAAAAAUUACUGCGCGAUUUACCCGAACCUAUUUUAACGAACGAGUUGAUCAAUUUGUUUUAUCAGUCGCACAGUUUACCAGAAUGUGAAAAAGUGCUUAAUUUAUUGGUACUAUUGUUACCGGUGGAAAAUAGGUUGACGUUGUUGGCCAUCAUUUCGUUUAUGAAUAAGUUGGUCGAGCACGAGGAGCAGAACAUGAUGAGCAAGCAUAACGUUGCGAUGAUUUUAGCGCCUUCGAUUUUCCCUCCCAGAUACAUUCAAAUAGAUAAAAGUGCAGCUAAUCUACAAGCUCAGUUGGGAUUAGCAGCAGUCAGCUGCCGUAUCACUGAAACACUGAUGAGCUGCUACGAUCGACUGAACAAAGUUCCUUGCCCAUUAAUUGCUCAAUUAAGGCGUAUCAACGAUCUAGAUAAAUACGGCUUGAAAGAAAACAGUCCGAUGAAAAAAUUCCUCGGCCACAAGAAAGGUAUACGAGGAGAAAUGAUAAUGAGAAAAAUCGACAACGAAGUAGAUUUUCAAGAAGGAGUAAUUCGUGUGAACGCUCCUCAAUUCAAUUUAUCCAACAUUCCAGUAGCCUUAAACGUAGAUACGACUGUUGGAGACGUCGUAUUAAGAAUCACAGAACUCGGUUCGAAAAAUUCGCCUAGAAAUAUAAGCAAUAAACAAGUCCGUCGAAAAGAUAUCAAACAAAGAGUACUUACGGAAUUAGCCCCAAAUGGUAAUUUAUCCUGUUUGUUGGCCACAGCCGAUGCCGAGACUGCAUUAAGAACACAUUUUUUAUAUGAAAUCGGUGGAAAUAUAGGACAAAGAUGCCUAGAACCAACGGCUAAAAUGAUGGCAGUCUAUCAACGAAACCCCAAUACCGAAUGGUUAAUUAAAUGUGAUCAUAGAAACGCUGUCAGAUAUAGAUAAAUUGACUAAAAUAUCCCCAGAAGCGAAAUACUUUGAGUAUUUAUCAGUAUUACAUAUAAGCUCAUAGCGACUGGAAUUUUGUAUUACUUAAUAGAUUAUUAUUGUGUUUUUCCUACAAUUUGCGUGUUUUUUGUAUCAUUUUUCUAUUUAUUUCAUGUGUAAUUAUUUACUUUCAUUGUAAUUUGUUUAUUUAAAAAACGAAGCGACGUGAAUAUAAUUUAUUUAUUUGUAUUUUGUAUACUAUAUUGUAACGUAAUGCUCAAAUCAAAUUUACAGGAUGUUACCAGUUUAGUGCUCAUUUUUGUGUUUGUGUUAUGUGUAUGUUAAGCGUAUUUUUGGAAGCUUGCGUCUUCUACGAAUGGCGAUGGAAAAUACUUAGUUGAAUUGGAUUUUUAAAACAAUUUUGUUUAUUCGUGUAAUUUAUUAACGAACAAAUUAGUAACCAUUUAUAGUAUAGAAAAUCUUAUAUUUUUAAUAAAUACAUUUUAUAUAAAAUA